GUGUGUAAGUGUGUGUGUGUGUACACAUAGGGCACUGUGAGUUGUGGGCAUAUAUUCCUGAGGGAAAAGUUUCUCUCAUUCACUUCGACGGGACUCAGUGAUGGAGAAACAGCAAGCAGGACAGCAGCAGGCGGACGGGCCGAUGCGUGUGCUGGUGACCGGUGGCAGUGGGCUGGUGGGCCGAGCGAUAGAGCGAGUGGUGAAAGAGGGAGAAGGAAGAGAAGGAGAAGAAUGGAUAUUCCUGUCAUCCAAAGAGGCCAAUCUUGUGAGCGCUGAACAGACGAGAGCCGCGUUUGAGAAGCAUCGUCCCACACACGUCAUUCAUUUAGCUGCGAUGGUCGGCGGACUCUACAGGAAUAUGAGACAGAACCUGGACUUCUGGAGGAAUAAUGUGCACAUCAAUGACAAUGUACUGAACAUGUCUCAUGAGUUUGGAGUGGUGAAGGUGGUGUCCUGUCUGUCCACCUGCGUUUUUCCAGAUAAAACCAAAUACCCUAUAGACGAGACUAUGAUGCAUGAUGGCGCUCCUCAUGACUCUAAUUACGGUUAUGCCUACGCUAAGCGCAUGAUUGACGUGCACAACAGAGCGUUGUAUCAGCAGUAUGGCAGGAAAUACACAGCCGUCAUCCCGACUAACAUGUUUGGAGCCCAUGAUAAUUUCAACAUCGAGGACGGUCACGUGAUGCCAGGGUUGAUCCACAAGACAUACCUAGCUAAGAAGGAAGGUAAACCUCUGGUGGUCUGGGGUUCCGGUCGCGCCCUGCGGCAGUUCAUCUAUUCUCUGGAUCUGGCUCGUCUGUUUGUGUGGGUUCUGAGGAAUUAUGAUGAGGUGGAGCCCAUCAUUGUUUCAGUCAGUGAGGAGGAGGAGCUGACCGUGAAGGAUGCUGUGGACGCAAUCGUUGAAGGUUUUGGGUUCAAAGGUGAAGUGAUUUAUGACACCAGUAAAUCAGACGGACAGAUCAAGAAAACCGCUAAUAACGGCAAACUGCGCAGAUACCUGCCAGACUUCAAGUUCACUCCAUUCAAAGAAGCCGUCAAGGAGACGUGUGAUUGGUUCGCAGCCAAUUAUGAAACCGCCCGUACAUGAAGAUCCUCAUUAGCUCUGGAGAGUUUAACUACUGUUCAGUGCUAGAAAUGAAGCAAUGACUGAUCAAACUGUUUGAAAAGGCCUUAAUUUUGGUACAUGAAAUAACUCGAUGUUAAAGAGCCCCUAUUAUGGGGAAAUGAGCUUCUAUGCAGUGUGUAGCACAGCUCUAAGUGAAUGAAAACAUCCAGCUGAGGUUUAAAUCUGAAAGUGCACAGUGUUUAAAACUAUUAUCUCACAAACAAAAAGAGUCACGACUCAAGAGUUCAUUCAGGUUUCCAACACCAUGUCACGGCAAUUCGUAACUUUUCGUUUAGUAGCUAAUUGGUUUGAAUUCGUAUGGUCUUAUUCCUAUAUUUUAGUUUGAGUUUUUUCCUCCCCCAAUGAUAGUUGAGUUUAGGGAUGGGGUUUGGUGCCACGCCCCCUUUUUACAUUGUUUUUAUUUAAUUAUAUUUAAUUUUCGUACUACUGAAUUUGUACAAAUUAGUCACUAAACUGACAAUACAUUUCCUCUUGAGAUCAGCAGGCUGGAAAGUCUGACCGGUGGCUGUUUAAAAACACCAGUAGAUGGCGCCAAACGCUUGUUUUUAUACAAUGCGAUCUCACACCAAUUCAUAACUUUGAUUUAGUGACUAAUUCAUAUGAAAUUGUAUGAUGCCAUUCGUUCAUUUUAGUAUGAUUUUCUCAUCCCCCAAUGACGGUUGGGUUUAGGGGUGCGGUUUGGUGCCACAAUUUCUUUUAAAAAUUGGACAUUUUUGUACCACUGAACACGUAGGAGUUCAUACAAUUUAGUGACUGAACUGACAAAACGUAAAAUAGUUACGUUCUCUCGUAAGAUCAGCAGGCUGGAAAGAAUAGAUCAGUAGCUGUUUAAAAAAAUACCAGUAGAUGGCGCCAAACACAUGGUUAAAUAUGAUGUUAUCUCCUGCCAAUUCAUAAUUUUGAUUUAGUGGCUAGUUCGAAUGAAUUUGUACGAUCUCAUUUGUACAUUUUAGUAUGAUUUGAUCAUCCUCCAUUAAUAGUUUGGUUUAGGGAUGGGGUUUGGUGCCACGCCCCUUUUUUAACAUUUUUUAUUUAAUUUUCGUACUACUGAACUUGUAUAAAUUCGUACAAAUUAGUCACUAAACUGACAAUACGUGAAAUAGUUAUGUUUCCUUGUGAGAUCAGCAGGCUGGAAAAUCUGACCGGCGGCUGUUUAGAAAAACACCAGUAGAUGGCACCAAACACAUUGUGUUAUACAAUGUUAUCUCACGCCAAUUCAUAAAUUUGAUUUAGGGGCUAAUUCAUGUGAAUUUUGAUGCCAUUUGCUCAUUUUAGUAUGAUUUUCUUAUGCCCCAAUGAUGGGUGGGUUUAGGGGUGGGGUUUGGUGCCACGAGUUCUUUUAAAAAUUGGACAUAGAAGUUCAUAAUAUUCACACAUAGGAGUUCUAAUGAUUUAGUGACUAAACUGACAAAACGUAAAAUAAGUAUGAAUGGUAAAGUUAUCUCGUGACAUCAGCUGGCUGCAAACGAUAGAUCAGCGGCUGUUUAAAAAAACACCAGUAGAUGGCGCCAAGCACGUGAUGUUCUCUCCUGCCAGUUCAUAACCUUGAUUUAGUGGCUAAUUCGAAUGAAUUUGUACAAUCCCAUUCAUACAAUUUAGUAUGAUUUGCUCAUCCUCCAAUGAUUGUUGGGUUUAGGGGUUUAGUUUGGUGCCACACCUCCUUUUAAAAAACGUACAUUUUCAUACUACUGAACACAUGAAUUUGUACAAAUUAGUCUCUAAACUGGCAAAAUGUGAAAUAGUUACGUUUCCUCGUGAGAACAGCAGACGGGAAAAGAUAGAUCAGCAGCUGUUUAAAUAAACACUGGUAGAUGGCGCCAAACACAUGGUUAAAUAAGACGCUAUCUCCACCAAUUCAUAACUUUGAUUUAGUGGCUGAUUCGUAUAAAUUUGUAUGAUGCUAUUUAUACAAUUUAGUAUGAUUUUCUCACCCCCAAUGAUGGUUGGGUUUAGGGGUGGAGUUUGGUGCUACCCUCCUUUGAAUUUUUUUUACAUUUUUGUAUGACUAAACUUAUAUGAAUUAGCGACUAAAUAGACAAAAUGUGCCGUCCUUAAGUUUCCUCAUGAGAUCAGCAGACUGGAAAAUCUGACCAGCGGCUGUUUUAAAAAAACACCAGUAAAUGGCGCCAAACACAUUGUUAUUUAAUAUGUUAAUCUCUAAUUACUAACUUUGAUUUAGCGGCUAAUUUGUAUGAAUUCGUGUGAUGCCAUUCGUUCAUUUUAGUAUACUUUUCUCAUCUCCCAGUAAAGGUUGGGUUUAGGGGUGGGGUUUGGUGACACGCCUCCUUUUAAAAAUCAUACAUUUUCAUAACCACUGAACUUUUAUGAAUUUGUCUAAAUUAGCCACUAAAUCAUCAAAGUGUGAAAUAGUUAUGUUUCCUUGUGAGAUCAGCAGGCUGGAAAAUUUGACCAGCAGCUGUUUAGAAAAGCACCAGUAGAUGGCGCCAAACACAUUGUGUUAUUCAAUGCUACUUAACACCAACUUUUAUUUAGUGGCUAAUUCGUAUGAAUUCAUACGAUAUCCUUUGUACAAUUUAGUACGAUUAACUCAUCAUACCCUAAUGACUAAUGUUGAGUUCAGGGGCGGGGUUUGGUGGUGCCACUUUUAAAAAUCGUACAUUUUUGUAUAAAUUCGCCAUUAAACUAACAAAACGUAAAAUAGUUACGUUUCCUCAUGAGAUCAGGCCGGGAUUUCAGAUCUUAUCAGUUUUGUCAUCAUCGAAACACAGACCCAGGAAAAGUCUAGUAGUUACACUUUUGUUGCAGUGUCGAUUAACACUGAAUGUAUGUCAUCAUUACUUCUCGGAGUUACAGUUAAGAAUAAAGCAAUAUGCUGGUGUUUAAUUGGGAUGUUUUAAUGAGUUUCUGCAUUGGGCUCACAUAUUGACCGGAUCAUUGAACCAAUCAUUUAGGAUAGUUGGGUAAAAAUAAAUGCAUAACAUAAGGCAUAUUAAAAGUGUUUUUUGACCUUGCAUGCAUUUUAGCCUGUUGUUGGAAACCCCCAGAACUACAAUAUGACCUUUAAUGAUGCAUAAUAGGGGCUCUUUAACAUGAUCUUGUUAUGUUUUUUUCAUAUAAACCACUCUUUGUGCUGUGUUUGGUGUUUAUUUGGGUUUAUUUUUAUAAUGAUGUUUGGUUUACAUUCAUAAUAUAUUAAAUUCAAAGUAAGAAUGUUUUACUUUAUCGCUAAAUUGUGGAUUAUUUUAGUUAGUAGGAUCAUUCUAGUAGUUUGUUCAUUUGCAGCGAUUAAAAAAUAAAUAAAAUUGCUUUUAAAAUAAUC